CAGGAAAAAAGUAAAAUUUCUGGUGAGGCUUCUGAUCGAGGUACUAGCAAGCAGUCUGCCAUUGCUGUUAACUCAGUUCCGAUGCCAAAUGUUAAGGCAAAGAAAAAGAAAAAGAAGAAGAAAAUCAUGCAAGAUUUAUGUCCCAGAACUGAAAAUGAAGUAAUAUCUUCUGAACUGAUGUUAGAGGGCUUAACUUUAGGAGCUAGCUCUUCCGGUCACCAAAAGAUUGCUCCUUAUCCUGCUACAUCACAGUUCGUAAACAAAGAUAGUGAUAACAGAACGCCGAAGAAGCAUUGCAAUUCCUCCAUAUUACAAGUUGAUCCCAAGUUUCUUAGUGCGGAGAAUGAGCUGCGAAGGAUAUUCGGUUCCAGAGUGGUAAAAUCACAUGAAAGAAGCCAGUUAUCUGUAAAUUCUAGGCUGAUACGUGGUGGUCGGCGAGGUAAUCAUAAUCUCAAAAAGACUGUCCUUGUUUCUGCCUCUCAGCAUUGGCCUCGUUGGGAUGGAUCUUUAACCAUGGAACUUCUGGAGAGUAAAGAUGGUGUCCACUAUUUCAGGUAAGUUCCUUGGUUUUAUGUCAAUGCCCCCCUCAGCUCUUUCUU